AUGCAACGAACAACAGUUAUUCAACCGACUACAACUGUCAACGAUCUUGUUCAACAAGAAGAGGCAGCAAAUGACAACGCUAUCUGGAAUGUUUUUCGUAAAAUGCUUUUCUUCACAGUGAUGCUCACUGUUGCACCGUUAACAUCGUUCUUUGUUUCGAAAUACUAUGUGUUCGAAGUUGCUGUCAUCGUCGUUCAUAUCAUUUUAAUUGCUUUUCUCUAUGUGGCAUUCCGUGAUGAUCAAUCAGGCAAGAAAAGCAAACUCGAGCUGCUCAAAGAAACAACUGGCAAGAAAGACUAA